GGGUGUGUGUUCCUUUUGGGUGUCAGCCCCGGGGCGGUCACUCGGCCCUGUGGGGUUAAGCAGGCAGUGCCGGUUUCUCUCUGCUGUAUGGGAGCACCUCAGGGGAAGGUGGCCUGCAUGCUGAUGUGCUAUUUGUCUCCCUUGUUGCUGUGGGGAUUCUCUGCAGUUUGCCAGGCUCUGGUUGUCCCCAGGGAGGUGAGCGGUCAGGAGGGUGAGACGCUUUCCCUGCGCUGUUGGUAUGCGCGGGGCUACGAGGGCUACAACAAGUACUGGUGCCGCGGGGCUGCGCGGGGCUCGUGCCACAAAGUGGUGGAGACCGCGGGGCGAGAAGUGCCGCGCCAGCACGGCCGCGUCUCCAUCACGGACAACCACAUCUUCUGCGUGGUGCUGCUCACCGUGGAGGAGCUCUCCAUGGAGGACGCUGGGAGCUACUGGUGCGGGGUGGAGCGGGCAGGCAGGGACAUCAUGGAGCCGGUCACCGUGAGGGUGAGACCAGCUGUACCCACAGCUCCCAGCCCUGAGCCCUGGCUCUCCAACACCACAGCGGAGUUCCCCCACAACGUGAACGUCACUGCCACGGGUGCAGGGCUGCAGAAGGAAAACACCAGCCUUCAGAAGGGUCAGGAACAGCCCCCCUCCUCUCCUCCCAGCCUCUCUGGGCCAGCCCUGCAGGUCCUGCUGCCCACCAUGGUGCUGCUGUUCCUCCUGGCCAUGGCUGGCUCUGCUGGGCUCAUCCAUGCCCUGCGGAGGAGGAGGAGGAGGAGGAAGGAAGCUGUACAGAAACCCAUGCGAGUGGUGGGAAGUUCCCAGCUGUGCUCACUGGCAGUGCAGGCACAGCAGCACCAUCAGCCUGGUGCUGGACAGGCUGUUGGGGACACACUGAUGCCUCACACCAAAGACCCUGCAGCCCCCAAACAGCCGGGCACCACUGCAGAGCUGAACAACAUCUAUGACAAUGAGCUGUACCUGAGGAAGGUGAGAACCCGGCCCGGGCAGUGCUGGCGGUGCAGGGAGGUGUGUGCAGCAUGGGCAGGGGCCAUGCAGGUUGGCCACCCCCCAGGGCAUGCACACUGAGAGCAGUGACACAGAGGAGCAGCACAGUGAGCCGGGAGAUGACGAAGUCUACAUCAACAGCUGAUGAUCAGAGAGAAGAGGAUUCCCUGCACUCCUAAUGGGGCACUGCUGUGGGCAUCGCUCUGGGCUUUGCUCUGAGGGCAGUGGGGAGCAGCAGUUCCUUCCCCACGUCCUCGCUGCAGUCUCAGUAGUGUGACAGCCUCUGCCAUGGGGCUCUGACUAUGCUCCACCCCACCUUCCCUCCUUUGCUUGUUGCUGUGGAUUGUGUGGUGCCCCCAGGAUGGGAGGAACCCAAAUCCCUACUCUUUUGUACGCUGAUGCAUGGGGCAUUCACCUGGCUUGGCAGCACGUGGGUUGCUUUAGGUGUAAGUAAACGGCAAUAAAGAAAUACCCUACAGGGCUCAGUGCAGAGGA